AUGGUACAUCGAAGUAAUUGGCUUCUAGGCAGCAUCAUCACUGCCCUACUGCCCUUGUCCCAUGCAUUUUAUCUUCCCGGUGCAGCACCUCGCAACUAUGAACAAGGAGAGCAAGUCAACCUCUUCGUCAACACUCUAACGCCUAUGCUAUCUGGUACAGAUGAUGCAAAGCUGAAAUCCAUGAUAAACUAUGACUACUACAAUCCAAAGUUUCACUUCUGCCAGCCAGAAGAAGGUCCUAAGAGCCAGCCAGAGUCACUGGGAUCCAUAUUGUUUGGAGACAGGAUAUUCAACUCACCUUACGACAUCAAAAUGUUAGAAGACAAUGGCACUUGCAAAACGUUAUGCGUGGUGCCAGACGUACCAGCGGAAGAUGCGAAAUUCAUCAACGACCGUAUCCGAGAAGACUAUGCAUUAAACUGGCUAGUUGAUGGACUCCCUGCCGCAGAAAUGAAGGUAGACGCCAAGAGUGGCGACCUUUUCUUUGAUAUGGGCUUUAACUUGGGUGACGACGACGACGAACUAUAUGACACGCCAGCUUUAUACAAUCAUUACGACAUUGUUCUCAGAUACCACGAACCCAGUCGUGGCAACUAUCGGGUAGUCGGUGUCCUGGUUUGGCCUUCAAGUCGCGGCGGUUCUCAGGAAAAUGUAGCUUCCCCAGUCUGUGAGGGAGAUGUGGGGCCAUUGAUUCUGUCUGAAACGCAAACGAGCACAAUUCGCUACACUUACAGAGUAACGUGGAAUGAAUCUGAUACACCUUGGGCCACUCGUUGGGAUAAUUACCUUCAUAUAUUUGAUCCGCGUAUACAUUGGUUCAGUCUGGUCAACUCUCUCGUCAUCGUCAUUUUCCUCUGCGUUAUGGUGUCUAUGAUUCUCUUGCGUACUGUUUCUAGAGAUAUUUCUCGAUACAAUGCCAUUGACCUUAGUGAAGAUGUCCAAGAAGACUGGGGCUGGAAACUUGUUCAUGGGGAAGUGUUCCGCACACCACGUUAUCCAAUGAUCUUAUCCGUGAUGGUCGGUAAUGGUGCUCAAUUAUGUGCCAUGAUCGCAGUAACCCUUGUGUUUGCGCUAUUGGGAUUCUUGUCUCCAUCGAACCGCGGCUCUCUUGCUACUGUUAUGAUGGUUUGUUGGACGUUCUUCGGAGGAAUCGGUGGAUACUAUUCAAACAGGAUAUAUGCAUCUCUAGGGGGUACAGAUCGCAGAAAAAAUGCGUUCUUGACUGCUACUGUUAUGCCUACAUUGAUAUUCGUUAUCAUCUUCCUUCUCAACUUGUUCCUUCUCUUAGCAGGUUCCUCUGGUGCUGUGCCUUUCGGCACAAUGCUCUUAAUUGUAACUCUAUGGUUCGGAAUUUCAGCACCUCUAUCUGCUGUAGGGUCCUACAUCGGGUCGAGACAAGGUGGUGUCUCUCAUCCUGUUCGAGUAAACCAAAUUCCAAGGCAAAUUCCUCCAGCACCAAAGUACCUGCGCCCUUGGGCGUCAACUCUCCUAAGUGGCAUACUUCCGUUCGGAGCUGCUUUUGUCGAAUUGUACUUUGUUAUGUCCAGCCUCUUCGCAUCACGAGCGUACUAUGCAUUCGGCUUCCUGGCUCUGACUGCAGGUGUGGUCUCGCUCACUACUGCCACAGUAACCAUACUUUUCACCUACUUCAUCCUAUGCGCUGAGGAAUACAGAUGGCACUGGCGGGCAUUUUUGACAGGGGGUGGAAGUGCGUUCUGGCUGUUAGCUUAUGGCCUCUUCUACUGGGCAUCCCGGUUAUCUCUCGACUCCUUUUCUAGUGUUGCUCUUUAUCUAGGUUACCUCUUCCUUCUUGUAUUAAUGGACUUCUUAGUCACUGGUACUAUCGGGUUCCUGGCUUCAUACUGGGCAAUCCGUAGGCUAUAUAGUGCCAUCCGCGUCGACUGAACGAUAGCAAGAUAUCUACAAAAACAUGAACUGUUCCUCAGUUAAUCGAGCGAGUCUCUACAGUACUCCAAAACACAUUUCUUGUAGUGUUUUCACUCUAUAGCCAACACUAGAUGUUUAUCCCUUCCAGCACGUAAGAUGGCUAUUCUACCAUCAAUCAAGUCCGCCUUAGAUACGUUGAAGAAAGCAUCUUCUAUUGGCUUGUUAUUGAGGUAUAAUCCUCCCGCUUUCACAAGUCGGCGUGCGUCAGAUUUUGAUGCUAAAAGGCCGUGAACAGCGGCUAGGUGUGAUAUUGAAGUGCCUAACAGUUCUUCAGCUCUCACAGAAGCGAGACGGGCAUCACCACGUAAGGCCUUGACAAUUUGUUCGGCCUUAAGGCUGUGGUAAUCCGAAUCAAAAAGAACCUUUGUAGCCAUAUGGGCAGCGUCAAGACCUUCCU